AUGGAUCGGGAGCACGCCGGUGAGAUGACCUUUGAGGUCGACGCGGGCCACGAUGAGUCGAAUGCGAUCAGUGUGACAAGCAGUCGGGAAAGGAAGCUACUGAUGAAAGUCGACCUGUGCGUCCUGCCUACCGUCAUUGUACUGUAUCUCUUGUGUUUCAUCGAUCGAACGAACAUCGCUGGCAUGGAGGAAGAUCUCAAGCUUGAGGGAUAUGACUACAACGUCGUAUUAUCGGCGUUUUACGUGUCAUACAUAGUCUUCGAGAUGCCAGCAACGCUCUGCUGCAAACUGAUCGGUGCGCACGAUGACUAG